GUUGAUUGUCUCUUGUUUUACAGAUGUCCGUUGCCGUGUUGACAAUGAAGGCCUUAUUUCCAGCACAUCCGCUCAUAUGAGAAGACCCACUUCAAGCACUUUAAGUAUUUUCCCCUUCGUUACACCAGCAUGGCAGGGUUCAAGCGAGGAUAUGACGGAAAAAUUGCUGGAUUAUAUGAUCUGGAUAAAACCUUGGGUCGAGGUCACUUUGCAGUGGUUAAACUUGCCAGACAUGUAUUUACAGGGGAAAAAGUGGCAGUGAAAGUUAUCGACAAGACAAAGCUGGACACACUAGCCACUGGACAUCUUUUCCAGGAAGUGAGGUGCAUGAAGCUUGUGCAGCACCCCAACAUUGUGCGUCUCUAUGAAGUCAUAGACACCCAGACCAAGCUGUAUCUCAUUCUAGAACUUGGAGAUGGAGGAGACAUGUUUGAUUACAUCAUGAAGCAUGAGGAAGGUCUUAGUGAAGACUUGGCCAAGAAGUACUUCGCCCAGAUAGUCCAUGCCAUAUCUUAUUGCCAUAAGCUCCAUGUGGUCCACAGGGACCUGAAACCAGAGAAUGUCGUCUUUUUUGAAAAACAAGGUCUGGUGAAGCUGACAGACUUUGGCUUCAGCAACAAAUUUCAGCCUGGAAAGAAGCUCACUACAAGCUGUGGGUCUCUUGCAUACUCUGCUCCAGAAAUCCUGCUCGGGGACGAGUAUGACGCCCCUGCAGUCGACAUAUGGAGCCUGGGUGUGAUCCUUUUCAUGCUGGUGUGUGGGCAGCCGCCCUUCCAAGAGGCCAACGACAGCGAGACACUGACCAUGAUCAUGGACUGCAAGUACACUGUGCCACCCCGCGUGUCUGCAGGGUGCCGGGACCUCAUCACACGGAUGCUGCAGAGAGACCCCAAAAGGAGAGCCUCUCUGGAGGAGAUUGAGAGCCACCCUUGGCUCCAGGGAGUGGACCCGUCACCGGCCACCAAGUACAACAUUCCCCUGGUGUCCUACAAGAACCUCUCAGAAGAGGAGCACAACAGCAUCGUCCAGCGCAUGGUGCUCGGGGACAUCGCGGACAGAGACGCCAUCAUCGAAGCCCUGGAAACCAACAGGUACAACCACAUCACCGCCACGUACUUCCUACUUGCUGAGAGGAUCCUGAGAGAAAAGCAAGAGAAAGAAAUACAGACCAGGUCUGCCAGCCCCAGCAACAUCAAGGCCCAGUUUAGGCAGUCAUGGCCAACCAAAAUUGAUGUACCCCAAGACCUUGAAGAUGACCUCACUGCCACUCCUCUGUCACACGCCACAGUCCCACAGUCUCCUGCUCGGGCUGCUGACAGUGUCCUCAAUGGCCACAGGAGCAAAGGCCUGUGUGACCCGGCCAAGAAAGAUGAGCUCCCGGAGCUGGCUGGGCCAGCACUGUCCACCAUGCCACCUGCAAGCCUGAAGCCCACAGCCAGUGGGCGGAAGUGUCUCUUCAGGGUGGAAGAGGAUGAAGAAGAGGAUGAGGAGGACAAGAAGCCUGUGUCUCUGUCCACGCAAGUGGUGCUGCGCAGGAAGCCUUCCGUCACCAACCGCCUGACAUCUCGAAAGAGUGCCCCGGUGCUCAACCAGAUCUUCGAAGAGGGCGAGUCUGACGAUGAGUUCGACAUGGACGAGAACCUGCCGCCCAAGCUGAGCCGGCUGAAGAUGAACAUCGCGUCCCCAGGCACAGUGCACAAGCGCUACCACCGCAGGAAAAGCCAGGGCCGGGGCUCCAGCUGCAGCAGCUCUGAGACCAGUGAUGACGACUCUGAAAGCCGCCGCCGGCUGGACAAGGACAGCGGCUUUGCGUACUCGUGGCACCGACGUGACAGCAGCGAAGGGCCACCAGGCAGUGAGGGCGAUGGUGGUGGCCAGAGCAAGCCUAGCAGCGGUGGGGGUGCGGACAAGGCCAGCCCAGGAGAGCAGGGCACGGGUGGUGGCAGCCAGGGUGGCUCAGGCGGGACUCCAUCCGGUGCAGCCGGCUCCUCGAGGCGCUGUGCAGGCCCUGACUCCUCCUCGUCCUCCCCUGCCUCAGCUUCUGCUGCUCCACGUGGUGCAGAGCUUGUACAGAGCCUCAAACUUGUGAGCCUGUGCCUGGGCUCACAGCUGCACGGCGCCAAGUACAUUCUGGACCCGCAGAAGGCCUUGUUUUCCAGCGUGAAGGUGCAGGAGAAGUCCACGUGGAAGAUGUGCAUCAGUGCCCCGGGCCCCAGCCCCCCUGCGGACCUGGACCCUGUGAGGACCAAGAAGCUGCGGAACAGUGUGCUCCAGCUACCUCUGUGCGAAAAGACCAUCUCCGUGAACAUCCAGCGCAGCCGGAAGGACGGGCUGCUCUGUGCCUCCAGCCCCGCCAGCUGCUGCCACGUCAUCUGACCUGUAAAGCGCGCUCACGUCAUUUGUUCUGACGUGACAAUGCAUGGUCUCUGUGCAUGCUGCUACACGCUACUUUUCUUUUCCAGCCGAAAAGUCUACUGUGUGAUUUUACAUUCAUGAUUUUCAAUGUGGAUGACCAGGAUGAAAUUGUGUAUCUGGAGCCCGACGUAAAUGGAGCGUUUAGAGAUUCAUGUUCUGCACUUAACCUGGAGGGAAAAGCCCAGAGUCCUGGCCUGGCCUCCGGUGAUAGGGAAACUCCAUGCUCUGAGGCACGCUGGUGCCCGAGACAGAACCAAAGCAAUAACGUGGUGACGCCCACAGGCCUGGGAGGAGCAACACUCCUGCCAGCCACCCAGGGCCUGUGCACCGAGAACCUUAGAGCCACGGUUUGAGCACCCACACCUGUUUGUCUUAAGCGAUAGUGUGAAAACAGUUGGGGCUCUUAUAUUUUCAUUGACAAAGAUUUUCUUGUUUAUAAUAGAUGAGAUCAGCUACUUAGCUUUGUGAGGCAGCUUCCCCGUAGAGUUACAAGGAGACAAUCUUUUCUGAGGCAAUGAGGUGAACUCGUAUCUUAACUACUUAGAGCAUGUAUGUCUGUCUGACAGAAAAAAAAAAAAAAAAGAGGCUCUGUAUAAGUUUCCCCUGCAGGAUACAAGGCAGGGUUUCCUUCACGUCUGUAUGGACAGGAGAAGCUGGAG